ACCGAGUGGCGAUUAAAAAAAAAAAAAAAAAAAUCACCUUUAAUCCGAAAACCGGCGCAGAGUUACCGGAUACCGGCAGUGAUGAUGGGCGGCAGGAACAGCGCCAUCGCCGCGGGGCUGUGCGGAGCUCUGUUCGUCGGUUACUGCAUUUACUUCGACAGGAAGCGACGGAGUGACCCGAACUUCAAGAACCGGCUCCGAGAGCGGAGGAGACGGCAGAAGGUGGCUAAGGAGAGGGCGGUUCUUGCAAAGCUUCCAGACUUAAAGGAUGCUGAAGCUGUUCAGAAGUUCUUCCUGGAGGAGAUCCAACUAGGGGAGGAGCUUCUGGCUCAGGGAGAGUAUGAGAAAGGCGUGGACCACCUGACCAACGCCAUUGCGGUGUGCGGCCAGCCACAGCAGCUCCUGCAGGUGCUACAGCAGACGCUCCCACCGCCCGUCUUCCAGAUGCUGCUCACCAAACUGCCCAGCAUCAGCCAGCGUAUCGUCAGCGCUCAGAGCCUGACUGAAGACGAUAUAGAAUGAGACGAGCAGCUGCAGUUGGCUCUGGAUCUGGAUGUCCUGGAGGAAAAUGCUUUUUAAUACCCGCUGUCUGUCACCUUAGUGUUUUCUAAUUUCUAAUUAGUUACAUUUUGGGGGGGGGGGGUCAGAGGUCAUCGUGCAGCACCUUUACUGGCAACAACAGACCUGCGCGUUUUCACUGUCACGGUUACGGUUAAACCCCACAACGAUGUUUUCAGAGACACAGUGUGAUUCCAUAAAGAGGAACAAAUAAAAACUGUUAAGUUAUCUUGA